AAAUAGCUUUAUAAAUCCAGUUUACUCUGACCGCGGGCAUCGGUCACGGGCGUCAAGUGAACCUAAAUAAAAACGUAUACUAACGAGUAUCAAGAUGGCGUAUUUGUCAAGAGCGUGGAGUACACCGCUGUCCCGAUUUACAAACAGACAUUUUGCCAGCCUCGUGUACUCGGAGGAAGUAUGUCAAGCGAAAACUGAUAAAAAACCGAUAGUGGCGCUUGAAUCAACAAUUAUAACACACGGCAUGCCGUAUCCGAAGAACUUGGAAACUGCUUUUCAGGUGGAAGAAGUAAUACGAGAAAAAGGUGCAAUCCCAGCAACCAUCGCAAUCCUUAAAGGCCAACUAACUGUUGGCCUUUCAAAGACCCAAUUGGAGUAUCUUGCUAAGGCCAAAGGAGUGAUCAAAGCAUCAAGGCGGGAUAUGGCACCCGUCAUGGCGAAAAAGAUGGAUGGUGCAACUACCGUCGCUGGCACUAUCAUCGCUUCUGAAUUAGCUUGCAUACCAGUCUUCGUUACCGGAGGAAUUGGCGGGGUUCAUCGCGAAGGUCAUAAUACGAUGGAUGUGUCGGCCGACCUCACUGAGCUCGGUCGCAGUCGAACCUUGGUCGUGUGCAGUGGAGUCAAAUCCAUCCUUGACAUCGGACGCACCCUUGAGUAUCUGGAAACUCAAGGCGUAACUGUUUAUUCAUUCGGUGAUAGUCAAGACUUCCCUGCAUUCUAUACGACCAGGUCAGGUUUCAAAGCCCCGUACCAAGCGAGCGACGCCACACAGGCAGCAAAGAUUUUAUAUUCGUCACACAAAUUACAACUAUCCUCUGGUAUUGUUGUCGCUGUUCCCGUACCCGUCGAGCAUGCUAUGGACGCGAACAAGAUCGAGGCAGCUAUUAAAAGUGCGUUAGUUGACGCUAACAAACUCGGAAUCCAGGGUAAAGAAGUGACCCCAUUCCUCUUAGCUGCAGUGUCUAAGGCGACGGGCGGGGAGUCACUUGCUGCCAAUAUUGCUCUCAUAAAAAAUAACGCAAGAAUCGGUGCCGAUAUAGCGGUUCAAUUUCAGAAGCUUAGGAAUGCUGGCGAUUUUGAUAAAGAUUUCAAUAUCGGAAACACAAAGACCAGGAAAUGUAAGACGGAUACCAAAAGACAAUACCAUACGUGCGCUGAGACGGGUGGAAACUCAGACGUGGACAAUGGAGACGUGCUGGUCGUGGGGGGGUCGAAUGUGGACAGGACCUUUAGAAUCAUUGAAGGAAACGUGCGGCAAGACGGAAGCACACACCCAUGUAAGAGUGAACAUUGCGGUGGUGGCGUUGGGAGGAAUAUCGCGGAGGCUUUAUGGAGAAUGCGAAAUGGUCGCGUGCGUCUGCUCACGACUAUUGGAAAUGAUGAAGACGGGAAUUAUUUGCAGAAUAUAGCACCAGGAUUGAUACUUGAUGGUUGCGUGAUAAAUAAUGCGCGGACAGCUAAAUAUGCCGCGGUUUUUGACGGUAAAGGUGAAUGUAUUUUGGGACUGGGAGAUAUGGACAUACAUGACUGCAUAAGUAUUGAUCUCGUCAAAAAACAUCUAGACAAGUUGAAAACGGCGCCAUUAAUUGUACUAGACGGCAACAUACCAUUAUCAACUAUGGAAUACAUACUCAAAAUAUGUAACGAAUACAAAAAACCAGUUUUCUUUGAGCCCACGGACAGACGAAAGGCAAUCAAACCCUUAAAAGGAAGUUUUCAGAUAUCGUUUGCUUCACCUAACAUAUUAGAACUAAGAGCGAUGGCUAAUUUUAUUAAUCCCCAUAGUAAGUUGGACUACCAAUCUGAAGUAGAAGAAAUAUGUUCUUUAGGGGCCAUUGUUUCGAACGUGGUUAACCAUUUGAUAAUCACAAGAGGAUCUAAGGGUGUUAUCACCAUGAAGCGUCUGAAAGAUGCUCCUACUCAGUUACAGGUUCGAAGUUAUUCCGGGGAAAUUAUAAAUACUAUUGAAAAUGUUUCUGGAGCAGGAGAUUGUUUUGCGAGCGGAUAUCUACACGGGGUUUUUUUGGGGUUGGAAGAGGAUUCACUUAUUUCUUUUGGAUUUCAAGCAGCUAGAGAUGCCUUACUUAGUAAAGAAACUGUACCUCGUAAGUUUGACAUAUCAAAGGAUUUUGAAGGCAUUAAAUGUACAGAAACUUGGAUACACAGUUUUUAGAUUAAGCUAUGUAUUAUGACGACAGAACGCUAUCUUUUUGCUUUUAAAAUAAAAAAAAUAAAAAGUGA